AUGAGUGCGGCGCAGCACGACGCAAACGGCGAUCCGUACGCGCCUUUUUAUUACUGGGACGCGCUGAAGGCCAACUGGGAGUUUGACUAUGAGGCAUAUUAUAAGACCUAUGGAUACCCUUCCGCUGCACAAGGCACGUCGUCAAAGCCUGUGACAAACAGCAAUGAUCUCGCACAACAAGAGCAACAGGCUGCGAUUUACGAUUACGACCCGCAUCGGUCUGCACGACUCAUGCAGGAAAAUAAGGUCGGCACGCUGAAACCGGGAGAGUCGCGCAAGACGGUGCUGCGCCGCGCGGCGGGGAAGCUGUGGGAGGACCAAACGUUAUUACAGUGGGACCCAAACCACAAGCGACUCUUUGUCGGCGACCUUGGCAACGACGUGACAGACGAUAUGCUGACCAAGGCGUUUGAGAAAUACACAACCUUUUCGAAAGCGCGCGUAGUCCGCCAGCGUGGCGACGGCAAGAGCAAGGGGUAUGGGUUUGUUGCGUUCGCGGACCCCGAAGACUUUUUGCGCGCGUGGAAGGAGAUGGACGGCAAGUAUAUUGGCUCGCGCCCCUGUCGUCUCAAGAAGGCAAACGAGCAUGUUGCGCCCGUUUCCAUCGGAGCUCGUAAAGACAAGAUUCUUGCCGCGAACGCUAAAUACGAUCAUUAUCUUGCCAAAGGCAAGACUGGCGGCACAGUAGGCCGCACGCUACGGCGAAAUGGAGGUAUCGGCAAGCCGUAUGGGAAAAAAUAG